AUGUCACUGCCUUUGUCACAAUCCAAUUCAAAACCACAGGCGCGUCCGGAGGUAAUACCUGCUGCAUUACAUCCAGCGAUGUUGGCAGCAUCACAAUCACAGUUGGGGCUUACAACGCAACCGGCAGAG